AUGGCGUCAGGAUCGGAGGCUGGGCCCAGGAACUCCAUGCUACGUGCUCUGGAGCUGGCCAGGAAAUCACCGCCGAAGCCGAGUAAUUUCCGUGUCGGGGCUAUCUUGCUCCGUCUCGACGACGGGCACGUCGUGGCCGAGGGAUACACUCUGGAGUGCGACGGCAACACGCAUGCCGAAGAGUGCUGUCUUAUAAAGCUGGCAGAGAGGCUGUCGACGACGGAAGAGGGACUCGCCGACGUCAUCAGAGCUCCCCACGCGCUGGUCACCACAAUGGAGCCGUGUUCCAAGCGCCUCAGCGGGAAACUGCCCUGCGUCGACAGGGUCUUGCGGCAAAAGUCGUGGAUCAGGCGGGUAUACGUUGGGGUCGAGGAGCCCGCCAAGUUUGUUGGCCGCAAUCCCGGCCGCGGGAUGCUGCAGUCUGCGGGCAUCGAAGUGGUUCAUGUGCCAGGCUUGGAAAAGGAGAUACUCGACGUGGCAACAGCUGGCCACGGCGUCGACUCGUGA